AUGGGCGACAAGUACGACCGCCAGCUGCGUCUGUGGGGCGCCGAGGGCCAGCGACGACUGGCCAACACGCAUGUGCUGCUCAUUGGUUCCUGCGCCACUGGCUCUGAGGCUUUAAAGAACCUGGUACUGCCCGGUGUCGGCCGAUUUUCAAUCCUGGACGACGCCAAAGUGUCCCUGGCCGAUGCGACCAACAAUUUCUUCGUGACAGCGGACGCUGUGGGCCAAUCGAGAGCCAAUACGGUGGCCAAGUUGCUGCUGGAGAUGAACGCAGACGUGGCCGGCGAUGGCCGCCACGCCAACGUGAAGCAGGUGCUGCAAAGCGAACCCGAGUACUUGGAUCAGUUCAACCUGGUGCUGGCCACGCAGCUGGAUGAGGCGGCCACGACCAAAUUGGCCGAGUUGUGUAUGGCCAAGAGGAUUCCACUGCUGUUAAUAACGUCUUACGGGUUUCUAGGUUCGUUGAGACUGCAAGUGGCCCAACACGCUAUCGCCGACGCCAAACUGGAUCCGCCGCGCCACGAGCUGAGACUGUCGACGCCGUUCCCGACGCUGCAGAAGUUUGCAGAUAGCUUCGACUUAAAGUCGUUGUCCACUAUCGAACACGCACACGUUCCCUUUGUGGUGCUGCUGCUGCAGGCCAUGAAGAAGUGGAAAGAAGCCCAUAAUGGCAAACCGCCGGCCACGUUUCCAGAGAAGGAUGCGUUCAAAAGAAGUUUACAGGAGAUGGCGUGGGGCCCGACUGGCCAUGAACUUAACUUUAUUGAAGCAGCAGAGAACGCGUAUAAAGCUUACGUACCGCCUCAAAUACCCGAGGAAGUUGCUCCCGUGCUGGCGGCCGCAGCGGCCCACACCGUCUCAGUCGAGACACUAGAAAAGACGAAAGAUACUAAAGAGUUCUGGCUGCUGGCCCACGCGUUGGCAGAUUUUGUUAAGCACAACAAUGGUCUGUUGCCUGUCACGGGAGUCGUGCCGGACAUGACAGCCUCGACCGAGUCGUAUGUGGCUCUACAGGAACUGUACGUGACCAAGGCCAAGCAGGAUGCGACCAAGGUACAUGAAAUUCUUUGUCAAAAAUUGCGCGGCCUGAAGUUGGCCGAGGACAGUAUUUCGUUCAAUGCAGUGGCCGCAUUCUGCAAGAACGCCCCGAGUGUCGGCAUGCUAGAAACACGCACUGUCGCCCAGGAAUACAAACACGUGGACUUGUCGAGUGUGGACUUAGAGGACGAGGACAAGGAAAUGUCGCCCUUAAUCUGGUACUUUAUGCUUCGUGCUGUGGCCGCCUUCGCAUCCGAGUUCAAUCGCUAUCCCGGAUCGGAAGAUACUGGGGCCACGCAGGACGGCACGUGGCUAGUGUCGAAGGCUAAGAAACUGGCGGCCGGCAGCGACGUGGCCGACUGGAUUACCAGCGAUCACGCACUCGAGAUGAAUCGAUCUUGCCAGGCCGAGUUGCACAACAUCGCUGCUUUAAUGGGCGGCGUGGCCGCACAGGAGGCCGUCAAGCUCAUCACGCACCAGUUCGAGCCGCUCAACCACACGUACCUGUUCAACGGCAUCUCUGGCGUGGCUGCAACAUACCAGCUCUAA